AAUGGCUACUACAAGAAUUCCAUUUUCAAAUGUUACCUAAGUCAACAAAGGUGAUAAACUAUCUACAACACUUGGGGAGAAAGUAGAGAAGAGUGCAAAUGCAGAAAAGUAAAUUCUACCUACAAACGCAGAAAUUAAUAAUGUGAAAAAUUCUUUAGAUGAGUUAUAAUUAGAGAACAUGGAUAAAUAGACACUUAUAUAAUAACUAAAAAUGCAUAAAAUGAUAUUGAAGCAUUGUUUUGAUGAAAAUGAUAUUGUAAAAUUAUUUGAAUGAUUAUUUUAAGUUGAGAGAACGAAUAGCAGCAAUAGAAGCAUAAUUCAGUAAUUUGUAAGAUGAAAUUGAAUUAAGAGAUAAUGUGAUAUUAGAAUUAAGUGAGAAACUUGAAUAGAAGGAAAAAGAGUGAUUAUUAUUUUGUUAUUAUAUUUUUGUUUAAAC